AUGGCGCCAUCUCUUGGCCCUGUUUUGCCGGAUGCGCUGUCCCCAUCUCUCCACCUCGACCACCCGACUGACACGGAAAAUAAGGCGAUUUGGACGCUCACAUCCAAUUCGUGGAAGGAUGCUCUUCCCGCGGAUGUCUACCUCGAGGAAUCGUUACAUCUCAUGACAGUCCCUUUAGCGAAGGACGGGGGAAUGACCCAGUGGGUACUUGUGGAUAAGAACCUCCUACGAGAGCGAAGGCCCCUCCUGGCUUCUUGCGAAACAUUUCGUAAACGCUCCUGGGUCAGCGAUACAUAUGGAAAUGUUGCCGAGUUCAUUACCCACGGAGUUGCCAGUGUCUAUUGUGACCCCCGAUAUCGUGGUCGGGGUUAUGCCUCACGACUGAUGAAAGAACUGGCAGAGGUGCUACCCAAAUGGCAAACGGCCAAAACCAAAGAAUGUAUCGCCAGCGUCCUAUUUUCAGAUAUCGUCAGGCGAUUCUACACAAACCUCAAAUGGUAUGCCUUUCCAAGCUAUCAUGUUGAGUUCCCUCCGUGGGUACCGUCAGCUGGGGCAUCGCCAACUGCGACGCCGCUAUUCGCAGGUGAUCUCGCGAAGCUCUGCAAACAGGACGAGGCACUCGCUCUGAAGACGAUGGCUACACCGCGCACAUAUCACAUGCUCUGGCAUCAUGCAAAAGAAGAGUUUGCCACUAAGGUCCUCCUCAACUUGCAACCGCAGGUAAAAGGUGCGAUUUCUGGAGAGCGUGGGAAUCGUAUCUGGGCGAUCUGGGACGCACCGGGUUCUACGAAUCUCCCCAGAACACAAUAUCCAACAACACUCUCUAUAUCUUGCGGCUUGUAA